AUGGCGGUUGAUGAAGUUGCUGAUCAAAGCUCAAUUGUGAUUGAUCACAAUCAUCCUCUAUAUUUGCAUCCAUCCGAUACACCUGGAGCGUUAUCAUUAGGUUUCCAGUUGAUCGGAAUGGAGAAUUACACUAUGUGGAGCCAAGCUAUGGAGGUUUCACUGUUGACUCGCAACAAACUCCGUGAUUUGUUGAGUGGUGUUCUGUUUCGCUCAAAUGCAUGUGCAAUUUGGGCUGAUCUGCGUGAACGUUUUGAUAAGGUGAAUGUUUCACGCAUGUAUUAUCUUCACAAAGAAAUUUUCACAUUAACUCAAGGAAUGUCUAGUGUGUCUGUGUAUUACUCUAAACUGAAGGAUCUUUGGGAUGAAUAUGAUUCGAUAAUGCCACCUCUUACUUGCUGUGAUAAGUCUAAAAAAUUUGUAGAUCAUCAACAAUAUCAGCGACUAUGGCAUUUUCUGAUGGGACUUAAUGAUAGUUACAGCCAAGCCCGUAGUCAAAUUCUUAUGAAGUCUAAAAUUCCCACUGUUAAUCAAGCAUAUGCAAUGAUUCUGCAAGAUGAAAGUCAAAAAAUUAUAGCUGGUAAUAGUUCAUAUGUUCCUGAUUCCUCAGAUCUCACAACCUUGUACUCAUCAAAAGUGGGGCAAAAGAUGAAGAAAAACUACAAUUUGGAGUGUGACUAUUGUAAUAUGAAAGGGCAUACAAAAGAUAACUGCUACAAAUUAUUGAGGUGUGAAUAUUGCAACAUGAAAGGGCAUUUGAAGACAAACUGUUACAAGUUGAAUGGCUACCCUGCAGAUUUUAAGCCAAAGAGGAAGGCAAAUAUGACCAGUAGUCUUCCAAGCCAAGGUACUUAUAACUCAUCAGAUGGAAUGUCGACUAAAUCACAGAAUUAUGGUCAACAAGGCCUUGGACAAGGACAACAGCUAGGGCAACAACAGUAUGCAUCAGCACCGUCUGAUGAAAAGUGGAUCGUAGAUACUGGGGCCACUAAUCACAUGGUUGGUAACCAAGAUACUUUACAUGAGAAAGUGACAACAGGAAAUGCAGGUAGUGUACAGCUUCCUACAGGUGAUUUAGCUAAAGUGUCUCAUGUUGGAAGUUGCCAACUGAAUGGAGGAGAAACUAUUACAGGUGUCUUAUGUGAUCUCUUCACUGGGAAGGUGAAGGAGAUUAGUAAGAAGGAAGGGGAACUCUAUGUGCUUCAUACACAAAGAAGAUUAAAGAAUCCAGCUAAGUCAUUUACAGUAGUAAGAGAUGAUACUGAGUUGUGGCAUAUGAGGCUGGGACAUGUUCCAGUUUCAGUCAUUAAGAAGUUGCCUAGUUUCACUGCUAUAAGUUGCAAUGAAUUAUUCUCAGUGCAUGGCAUUGUGCAUCAAAGUUCUUGUCUAUACACUCCACAACAAAAUGGAGUUGUGGAACGAAGACAUAGACAUAUCUUGGAGACAGAAAGGGCUAUAAGGUUUCAAGGUCACUUGCCUAUUCGAUUCUGGGGGGAAUGUGUGGAGGCAGCAGUGUAUAUCAUCAACAAGAUACCCUCUACUAUUCUGAACAACAGAUCACCAUUUGAAAUGUUGUUUGGCAGACAAGCUUCUAUAUCUCAUAUGAGGGUUCUAAAAUGUUUAUGCUUUGCUACUAAUUUAGUGAAGGGAGACAAAUUUGGUCCUCGUGCAAUAAAGUCUGUAUUUCUGGGCUAUUCUCCUACACAGAAGGGCUACAAGUUAUAUAACAUUGAGCAAAGAUCUAUAUUUGUGAGCAGGGAUGUAGUUUUUCAUGAAGAUGUGUAUCCUUUCCAAUAUAAUACUGAAGAUUUCAGAGUAUUCUCUCAAUCAACUUCCAUAGUCAACAAUGAUUGUCUGCUGUCACCUAUUGGUAGUACGGGUGAUGAGUCGUUUGAGACUGCUCAUAUUGACACAACAGCUAAUGUUCCUGCGCAUGAGAUGCAUGCCACAUCAUCCUCUAUUCCCAGCAAUGCAGAAGAGGGUACCAUUUCUAGAAAGUCUGGUAGGACCACUAGACCCCCCAUUUGGCUCAAAGACUACAUUAGACCUCAAAGAGGAUCCGGUUCUGCAAAUCAUUGUUUAUAUCCAAUCAGUGAUGUUAUACACUAUGAUGGCCUUUCAGCCAAAUAUCAAGCCUAUGUUGCUAAGGUUUCUUCAGAAACUGAACCCACAUCUUAUUAUGAAGCAGCCAACGAUGUGAGAUGGAUUGAAGAAAUGAAAGCAGAGAUUCAAGCUCUAGAGACAAUCACACAUGGGAACUGCAAAGGUUGGGUUUUGCAUCAAAUGGAUGUAUAUAAUGCUUUGUUGCAAGGAGAUUUGGAAGAGGAAGUAUAUAUGGAUCUACCUCAGGGUUUCUCACAUUCAGCAGGAAAGACACAAUCAUCAUCGUAUGUAGAUGACUUGCUCAUCACUGGAGAUGAUGCUGUUCUUAUAUCAGACACCAAAGGUACACUUGAUCAAAAUUUCAAAAUCAAAGAUUUGGGGGAGCUCAAGGGCAAAACCUGUAGGGGUCCUGUUGAGGUGAAUCAGAAGUUAACCACGGCUGAAUUUGAUCAUCAAUUUGGACUUACCAAUGAUACUUUGCUUGCUGAUCCUGGAGCCUAUCAGAGAUUGAUUGGUAGGCUACUUUACCUAACUAUUACUAGGCCAGAUAUCUCCUUUGUUGUGCAAUGUUUGAGCCAAUUCAUGCAUGCUCCUAAGACAUCGCACCUUGAAGCUGCCUUAAGAGUGAUCAGAUAUUUGAAGAAGAAUCUUGGUCUGGGAAUCCUUAUGUCAUCUACUGGUUCUAACAAGUUGCAAGCUUAUUGUGAUGCUGAUUGGGCCUCUUGCCCAAAUACAAGGAAGCCAGUGACUGAUUAUAUGGUCACACUUGGUGAUUCUCUCAUCUCUUGGAAAUCCAAGAAGCAAAAUACUAUCUCUCGUAGUUCAGCUGAAGCAGAGUACAUGAGUUUGGCAUCAACUGUGGCAGAGAUAGUAUGGUUGGUUGGUCUGUUCAGUGAGUUGGGAGUAUCUCUCACUUUGCCUAUUCCACUCUAUUGUGACAGUAAAUCUGCCAUGCAAAUUGUUGCGAAUCCAGUUUUUCAUGAAAGGACUAAACACAUUGAUAUUGAUUGCCAUUUCAUUCGUGAGAAGGUACAGCAGGGAUUGGUUGAAACUGUGUAUCUGCCUUCUGCUGAGCAAUCAGCUGAUCUAUUGACAAAGGGGUUAAGUUGCAUUCAGCAUGAGCAUUUGUUAUCCAAGCUAGGCCUAAAGAACAUUUUCCUUAGACCUAGCUUGAGGGGGGUGUUGAGGAAUGUAUUGAUACAGGACAAGUACUUAGUGUUAGUUAGUUGUUAUUUAUAA